AUGGAGUUGGAUUCUUCUUCACCAUAUCAGAUAGUUGGGUUAUGCAUGCAUUCUGAUUCAGAUGUGAAAAAGCUGAAAAGUGUCUUAUGGAAUUCGCAUGUUGCAGAGACAUGCAGUGAAAGUGAAGCAGUGGAAAAGGAGGGUGGUGAAAAAAACGGCUGUCUUUUGGAUUCUACGAGGAGUUGUUUGGUGGAGCAUGGAGCCUCUCUUGAGGAAACAACUCCUAAAAACCAAAAAGAUUCGUCGGAAGAUACCCGACUAUUCCGGCCACCACCCAUAAAUGGCUUUCCGGUGCCGUUACCACCACCCAUAAGAUUCACAACUGAUACUGUGAAAGUCAUAGCGAAACCUCCUAGUCUUGCUGUAAUCCAACCUCAUCCACUGUCCAUUGAAACUCUCAAAUUCCAAGCUGUCUUGAGAACCUGCAGCCAUGUCAGUGCACAUACUGAUGUUGCUACAUCAACUUUAUCACCUUGUCUCGUUACAUCUCUGAAUCAAUGUGUAUAUCCGGAUGAUACCUGGUAUACGUAAGAGUAAGCUUUUGUCGAGUUUUUUCUUUUUUAAGAAAUAUUAAUAAAUGAAUUUUAA